AUGUUCCUCUUGCUGUGUAUCAUUAUCCAGGUAGUUUGUCAUCAAUCAAAAUUUAAGCUUAGUCUCAAGGUAUUUUUACAUAAGGCUUCAGCAUGGGAGCAACAGCAGCUGCUGCCGGCAAGGGUGAUGGAAAUGAAGGACACCUUAAUGCACGAGCUGCAAACCCUACAGGACCUAAUUCCCGGAAAGCACCGCGCUGACCAUCAAAAUGACCAUGAAGUUCAAGUGAUCAUAGACGAAUUUCUAGCGCAGAAUCAGGAGAGCAUCGAGGUGGUACUGCGGGUGCUGAAACUUAUCGAUCACGAUCUGGAAAACGUGAUCCAUGACUGCGAAAGGGUUUUCGAUCUGAAGACAUUGAGCAGUGCGAAUGUGAUUUUCGGUUCGGUGACCAAACCACUGCUGGUGAAAGUGCGCGAUCUUUGCAAUUUGGUUGCGGAAAAUCGCGUUGAUUUGCUCGAGGCUGGUCUGGAAGCCGUCGAAGUAGAAGCGUUUACUUAUCGCGGAAACCUGGAUCAAGCGUUGCAGGAUAUUGCAGUGGUUUCAAGUCAGCUGGAAAGUGCUGUUUUUGUGGAACGAGCUCUGCACGGACAUGAGUAUAUUUUGACCAGCUUGAAACAGGUGGAUCAAAUGUUUGCAGAGGAGAUUAGCCGGAAUAUUUCCAUGUAUUCUACGAAGUGGUUGCAACUGGUUAGGGAUUUCAAUGCAAUCAUUUCGGACAACGCAGUGAUAGAUCUGGACAAGCACCCGGAAAUAGCCACACUGUAUGAUGUCUUCGACUCUCUGGAUAAUGAAACAACGGUUUUGCAGGAAGACAUGAAGGAUCUCAUGCAACUGUGGGUUGAUUUGGUUGAGGAUGUUUUGGUUGGGCUUUUCAAUAUUACCGAAGAAUCUGACGACUAUAUAAGGGAACAUGCUUUAGAGUGUUUUUUGAACGGUGAAAUGCGCUUGACCAGCGUGGCAAAUUAUUAUAGGAAUUUAAAUCAUAUAAUGCUUCACUCGUUGGAUAAAUUAUACCGAUGUGUUGAUUUUGAGAAAGAAAUGGGAUACGCAUUCCGAUGGAUGCAACCAAUUCUUGCUUCAACGGAUAAAGCCAUCGGAUACAUUAUGAAGACUUACAUGAGCUGCGCCAUGAUGACAGAGCAGGUCAAGAGUGACCUUCCGUUUGAGAUGUGUGAAGAAGAGGCAUCUGGAAUGUUCAGAAAAACUCAGGAAUUUGUGGAAUCAAAAGUUAUAGAGAUUUACAAUCACGUGAUUGAAGCGAUCGAGCUGAACGAAGUCACCAUUGAGGCUUGUCUCUAUGCUCAGCUUAUUGACACAUUUAUGCUGAAUGGAGAGUAUUUCGAAAGUUUCGAGAACUGCAGUCAAAGCGAUAAUGCGAAUUGA